GGGCCACCAUCAGCUCCUCAGAACAUGCUUUACAACAUCAACCACACCACCGUCAGCCUAGAGUGGACCCCUCCAGCUGACACCGGUGGCCGUAAUGACGUGACAUACCGGAUUAUAUGCCGCCGCUGCACCUGGGAGCCGGAAGAGUGCUUUCCUUGCGGGAGCAAUGUUGGCUACUCGCCACAGCAGAGUGGAUUAACGGACACCUACGUCACCAUCACCGACCUGUUAGCGCACGCCAACUACACCUUUGAGGUCGAGGCCGUGAACGGCGUGUCCGACCUCAGCCGUACCCAGCGACUGUUUGCAGCCGUCAGCAUCGCAACCAGCCAAGCAGCUCCAUCUCAAGUGAGUGAGGUGAUAAAGGAGCGAGUUCAGCAGCACAGCGUCCAGCUCUCCUGGCAGGAACCAGAGCAGCCCAAUGGCGUCAUCACCGAAUACGAGAUCAAGUACUACGAGAAAGACCAGAAGGAUCGCAUUUACUCCACCGUGAAGUCAAAGUCUACUUCAGCCACAGUCAAUAAUCUGAAGCCAAGCACAGCGUACAUCUUUCAGAUCCGAGCAUUCACCGCCGCGGGAUACGGCACUUUCGGUCCCAGAGUAGAGGUCACCACCAAGGAAGAAUCCACUGGAUCUGGUGAGCAAAAGACUACAGUCAUAUCGAGUGAGCAGAAUCCAGUCAUCAUCAUUGCGGUGGUGGCGGUAGCCGGUACCAUAAUCCUGGUCUUUAUGGUGUUUGGUUUCAUCAUAGGGAGAAGACACUGCGGCUACAGUAAGGCCGAUCAGGAAGGGGACGAGGAGCUCUACUUUCAAUGCACCAAAACCUACAUUGACCCUGAAACCUACGAGGACCCGAACAGGGCUGUCCAUCAGUUCGCAAAGGAGCUGGAUGCCUCUUGCAUUAAGAUUGAGAGGGUUAUCGGCGCAGGAGAGUUUGGAGAGGUGUGCAGUGGACGACUGAAACUGCCGGGAAAGAGGGACGUGUCGGUUGCCAUAAAAACACUGAAAGUAGGCUACACUGAAAAACAAAGGCGGGACUUCCUGUGUGAGGCCAGCAUAAUGGGCCAGUUUGAUCACCCCAAUGUGGUCCAUCUGGAGGGUGUCGUCACCAGAGGAAAACCAGUCAUGAUAGUAAUUGAAUACAUGGAAAAUGGCUCAUUAGAUGCAUUCCUCAGGAAGCAUGAUGGGCAGUUCACUGUGAUUCAGCUGGUGGGAAUGCUGCGCGGCAUCGCAGCCGGCAUGAGAUACCUCUCAGACAUGGGCUACGUCCAUCGCGAUCUGGCGGCGCGAAACAUCCUUGUCAACAGCAAUCUCGUAUGUAAAGUGUCCGACUUCGGCCUGUCUAGAGUGAUUGACGAUGAUCCCGAAGCUGUCUACACAACAACGGGUGGAAAGAUCCCAGUUCGGUGGACAGCAAUGGAAGCCAUCCAGUAUCGUAAAUUCACAUCAGCUAGUGAUGUAUGGAGCUACGGGAUUGUCAUGUGGGAGGUCAUGUCCUACGGAGAACGACCUUACUGGGACAUGUCCAAUCAGGAU